CCACAGACUAAUUGCCCAUAGACAAGAUCUAAUAUGGAGCCAAUUUUCCUACAAUUACCCUAUAAAAUAAAUAAAAAAUUAGCAAUGUCUAAAUGAAAAAUCUUCAGUGAACUUUGCAGUUAACCUAUGCAGAAAAAAAAUGCAUUCCACAAAAGUGGUUUUAUUAGCCUGUGGUAGUUUUAACCCCCCUACAAACAUGCAUCUACGAAUGUUUGAGAUUGCCCGUGACCACUUGCAUCGUUUAGGAAAUUAUGUAGUAAUAGGUGGUUUAAUAUCACCAACUCACGAUUCCUACGGUAAAAGCGGUCUAGAGUCGUCUACACAUCGUUUGGAAAUGUUAAGACUUGCUGUAUUAACCUCAAACUGGGUGAAAGUAUCAGACUGGGAAUGUAGACAAGAUAAUUGGAGUCGAACUCGUCUGGUUCUUCAGCAUCACCAGAAUACUCUGAAUUCACUAUUAAAUUCAAACAAUUUAAACAACAUAAAUGAAGAUGAUUUAAAGUGGAUUCCUGAAAAUAUUAGAAAAGAAUGCACUGGCCCUGUACAAGUUAAACUGUUAUGUGGAGGAGAUCUCCUGGAAUCUUUUGCAGUUCCAAAUCUUUGGCAUGAAGAAGAUAUUGCAGCAAUUGUGGGCCAGCAUGGCUUAGUUGUAAUAACCAGGGAAAACAGUAAUCCACUCAAAUUCAUUUAUGAAUCAGAUUUGUUAACAAGAUAUAUGGCCAAUAUUAUAAUUGUGACAGAGUGGAUAAGAAAUGAAAUUAGUUCCACUAGAAUAAGAAGAGCUUUGAGAAGGUCUGAGUCUGUAAAAUAUUUAAUUCCUGAUAUUGUGAUCAAUUACAUUCAUACUAAUGGUUUGUACGGAUCAAAAGCAGAGCAUCUUUGAAACGUCCUGCAUGUCUGUAGCUGUGAUGUUGGUUUCUCUUUGCAUAAAAGUGAUGAUGAUACUUGUCUUAGCUGAUGGGAUGCUAAGUUAAAAAGUAGAUGCAAUUAUCCAACAGUAGAUAAAUCGGAUAGACUAUAAAAUACAGUAAAUAACUUCUUUAUUUAUUAUAUUUCAUUUCAUCGGGACUUAAAUUAGGUUUUUAUGUUCCUUACAAAUUAGUACUGCGUAGAUGUAUGUAGGUACAUUUUUCAGUGAAUGAGGUAUGUCUGAAAAGUAACGACCUGGUGCUAGAAAAUUCGUAUACAUAACUUCUUAAAGCAUCAAUAAAUCGUUACUAAUUACGCUAAUCGUGAUCAAAAUUCAAUUUUUUUUAAACACGUUUUUAUUUUUUUUUUAGUAAAUCUAAUUUUGGCUAGUUUUUAAGUUUUUAUUGAUAAAAUUCUAUUUUUUUUAUCCCGCGGGAACAGUACUUUUUUUUUAAUUCUUUUCUGUACUCCUGAAAGUGUGUGUACAAAAUUUCAUGAUAGGUUUAAGCCGUGGCUUUACUUGCAUUGAGGUUUUAAAUAUGUAUCAAAGAUCAUCGACGACCACAUCAAACUAAUCUUUUCUAUCCCUCGCAAACAGUUUUCUUUGGAUAAAAAUUACCAUGUAUCCUUUUCUGUAUCCCUGAAAAUGUGUAUUGAAAAUUUCAUGAUAGGUUUUACCCGCGACUUCUCUCGCGUUAGUGUCCUAAAUACGUGUCAAAGAUCAUCCACCCAACCCUUUCUUUCCCAUUUAUUUAACUGCUCUUAAUUAAUUUUUAAAUCUUUUAGUACCUCUUCCCUUUUCCCUCCCAUAUCUAUUUUGUCUUCCCAUAUUUAAUAUUCUGUUUCUCCUAUAUUCUUGUCUUAUAUUCCACUCUUGUAAUUGCCCUAUUUUCUCCUCAUAUUCAGUAGCCCUUUUAAAUGUUUUUUCUAACAUUUUACCACAUUUUGUUUCCUUUCGGCAAAAAAAAGUUGUUUUUUGGUAUUUGUUUAAAUAAUCGUGAUUUAAACAAUGGCCGACCGGGUUAUCGGCUGGCAGCCUAUCUAUAUCGGUCUUUCAAACAAAAUUGCAUAUAAACAAUUACUUCAAAUAAUUUUUCCCAUUCACCAACCGGGUAAUCAGUAUGUCUCAUGUUUGAUUUGCUUAUUUGAGUAUUCAUCACUUGCAGUUUUUGUACGUCAUCCUUCAAUAACCGACAGCUUGGUAAAUUCUACAUUUGACCCAAUAUAUUGAGUCAUUGCUUUCCAGACAUACCUCAUACAACUGCAGAACUAUGUGAUAACUCCAAUGCGAUUUUUAAAUUAUCAUUUUUGAUUUUA